AUGGUGGUGCCCAUAAACCCUCAUUUGAGCAACCCCCCCUCUCCCUACUUUCUGCUUCUCUAUCUCCGCCGCAGGGUGCGCUGUGUGGACAGCCAGUGGGUGCGCUGCGUGGACAGCCAGUGGUGCAAGGAUGCUGAGAUCACGGUACCCAUCACAGAUUUUUGUCCGGGCGGCGGAGUGUGCUGCGCCACGUGCACGCACUUCGACCUCAGCCAGCCCGCGUUCGGCAUCAUCGCAGACCCCGUCGCGGGAGUCAUUCCGCUCGCCUACCAGAGGGUGCCGUGCUCCUUCCCCACGUCCAUCACCUUCCGCGUGACCGGCACCAACUACUGGAUGAACGUGCUGCUGCUGCGCGUGGGCGGGCCGGGGGAGGUGGCUCUGGUGGAGGUGUCAUCUAAGAACGACCCCAACUGGCGCCCGCUCACGCACGACUGGGGCACGAAUUGGAUCUCAGCCCCCGAGGUCGACGAGCACAUCUGCAAGCUCGCGAAGAAGGGUCUGACGCCGUCGCAGAUCGGCGUCAUUCUGAGGGACUCGCAUGGUAUCGCGCAGGUGUCCGGCGUCACGGGCAGCAAGGUCCUGCGCAUUCUCAAGGCUCACGGUACCUGA